AUGGAGCAGAAUAAAAUAAUGUUAGUCUAUGAUAACCAUGAUGUACUGUUAGUAAAUUUAGAUAAUGAACGAUGUGAAAAUAAAUUUGAAAAAUCAAUAAAAGAUGAUGAAAAGAAAAUAUGUAUGCUUAGUAAUGGAAAUUUCCUUAUAUUAAAUGCAAAUAAAAAAAUGAUAUGUCAAUAUAUAUAUAACAAAAGUACAGCUAUAUAUACUAAAUAUGUACGUGCUCAUUUGAAUGUUAUUAAAAUAACAACAAAUGAAAGAAUCAUUUUUGGAGGUGAUAAAAUUGGGAAUGUAUAUAUAUGGUCUGCUAUAUCAGGAUUUUUAAUAAAUACUUUUCAAGCUCAUUUUGGACCAAUUAAAGAUAUUUUAAUUGAUCAGAUAGUAAAUGUUUUAUAUACAUAUAGUGAUGACAAUAUAGUGCAUGCAUAUAAUUUACAUGACUUGUUCAGGAAAAAAAAAAUACAGCCAAUGUUAUAUUAUCAACAUAAUAUAAAUUCAAAUAUAAAACAAAUUAUAAGUAUAACUCCAAAUAUAUAUGAUACCUUAUAUACUUUAAUAUCUUUAACAAAUGAUGGAACUAUAUAUGUAUGGGGUUUAAAAUCUAAAGAAGCUAUACAUAUAUUAAAAACACAAACAGAGUAUUGUUCAUAUAUUUGUUCAAAUUAUCCAUUCAAUACACAUUUAUAUGUGUGCAAAAAAAAUAAAAUUAUUCGUAUCCCUUUUAUGGAAUUUAAUAAGAAUAAGAAGAAAAAUAAUAAAAAUAAUUGUGAACAUUCUAAUAACAAUAGUGAUGAUAUAAAAUUAAAAGAAUAUGGUGAUUAUGUUGAAAUAAGAAAAUUAAAAGCAGAACAAAUUGAAAAUAAUAAUUAUAAUGUUAAUAAAAAUGAUGGUGACAUAAAUAAUCACAACAGUGAUUAUAAUCAAACAAGUGAUGAUAAUAAUACAAGUGAUGAUAAUAAUUCAAGUGAUGAUAAUAAUUCAAGUGAUGAAGAAUUUAAUGAUAGUCAUCACCCUAAUAUGAAUUAUCUCCAUUUAGAAACAAAUAAAAUGAUUAAAUCACAAAAUGUUGUUACAAAUGAAAUCUUUUUGAAUUUAAAAAAUUUUACAACAUUUAUAGGUCAUAAAAGUCAAGUAUUAAAAUGUUAUGUUGAUGAUAAAAAACAAAUAUUGAUAUCUUUGGCAACAGAUGGAAUAAAAAUAUGGGAUAUAUAUAAUUGUUAUGCAAUUAAAACUUUGAAAUAUGGUGAAAAUAUUAUUAACUUUUAUAUUCCUACAUUCAAAAAUGUUUCUUAUUUAAUCGAGUGUCCAAAUCUACUUCUUGAAUAUGAAGAUAAUACAAAUAUACAUAUUAUUGAUGAAGUGAACGAGCAAACCGUUCAAUCAAAUUAUAAAAAUAUUUUAAAUCAUGAUGAAAAUUUAUUAAUUAAUAUGGCAAAUAUAUUUGCAUCACAAGAUAUGUAA